AUGUUUUCGUUUCUUCGAAGUCACCAACACAGUCUAUCAACAUCACUCUAUGCACCUUUGAACCAUGACUUACCGCUCGAAAAAGACGAAGUCAACUCGCAAGAGUACUCGACUUGGAGAUCCUUUGUAUUACCGUUUCUCGCUGGUGCAUCGACAUCUGUCAUAGUCCUGCUGUUCGUUGGUGUAGCAUAUAACCACUUUAUACUACCUGCAGCUCAUACAUCCAUUUCCUUUGUCCCUGAGAUACCCACCACGACCGUCAUGUUCGAUAAAGAUGUUCGAUUCAAUGGCCCUUCUAAGUAUAGCGAUGAGGUGUGGGACUCAAUGAUGCCUGAUAGUAGAGGUUAUGUCAUUGUUCCCGAGCCAGCCAAGUACAGCCUUAAGCAAGGCCUUCUCACUCCCACCGGUCAGGAAACCUUCUCUUUGUCAGUGUUUCACCAGCUACAUUGCCUCGGAGCGAUUCGUGAUGAGUUCUACAAAGACCCAGCAGUCACAAGCCAGAGACCGCUUGAAGUUCAGAACGAGGUUGCUGGCCAUAUGAAUCACUGUUUCGAUUACGUACGGCAGGCUCUGAAGUGCAAUGCUGACACAACUUUGGAAUGGGACCUACUCGACGAGAAUGGUGGUAGUAAGGGUGGAGCGGGUGGGUGGGGAGUUCCUCAUCAGUGCCGUGACUGGGAUACCGUGGUGAACUUUGCAGAGAAACAUCAAUAUCAGGGUGGGAAAAUAAAGAUUGGGAUAGCGUGA